UGUAUAUGCUAUGGAUUUCAUCGCCGGGAAAAUUAUACGAGAUCUUCCCUGAUAUUUUUGAGCAGCGGAUACUCUCCAAAAUGAUGGCAACAACAUGGCGGAAGCAAAGUCUUAUAAUAGGACUUUGUGUUUUUUCAAUCAUAACCACUUUAGUGAACAAGCACGUUUUAUCAGACCUGAGGUUUACUUAUCCAACAGUUUUUCAAAGCUGGCAGACUGGAACUGUUGCCAUGGUGCUACUUUCUUUGAAUGCUCUGGGAUACAUUGAAAUCACCUUUUUACCUGUCACAAGCACCACUCUUGCAUCAUGGCUGCCUGCUUCAGUGCUGUAUAGUGGAAUAAUUUAUUCAGGAUCAGUUGCUCUGUCAAGACUGCCAGUUCCAGUUUUCUGUGCCAUGUGUUACUUACAGACAUUGUUGGUGGCGUUAUUAGAAUCAUUCAUAUUUAAAAAGGAGCCAUCAACAAAUUCACAAUUCAGUUUGAUAUUUACAGCUAUUGCAACAGUAUCUGUCGCAGGAACUGAUGUGCAGUUUGAUCAGAUGGGAUACAAAUGGCUUAUGAUUCAUUCUGGACUUUCAGCCAUUUAUGUAUAUUAUGGAAAAUCCCAAAAUAAGAAUUCAUUAAAUGACUUGGAUAAAUUAUUCUACAAUGCUGUUGUGAGUGUAAUUGUUUUGAUGGGAAUCAGUGUUUUAACAGGUGAACUUUACAAAAUAAUUGAGUUUCCUUUCCUAUAUUCCACACACUUUCACCUUGGGUGCAUGGGAAGUGGUAUAUUUGGAGCAGCACUUGGGCUGAUAAGAGUGUCUCUGUUAGAUACAGAAGUUUCCUAUUCAUUGGGAAUAAUUGAUAGCCUUAAUAAGGUUGCCAUAUCGUUUCUGUCACUGUUUAUUUUCGAUGUCACCCUUGACAGUAACAUGGCUGUGAGCAUCAUCGCAGUCCUUUGUAGUGGAGUACUUUAUUCGUACACAGUCACUGUUCAGGAAGAAGCCGAACAACGCACUGCUCAUCCAGUCCGUGACAGUUAACAGUUAACUGUCAGCAGCAGUUGACACAAGGAUAUGAAUUGAGUUUUUUAUUAAAUGUAUGUUAAAUUCUCAAUGACUUGAAAUGUGCCAAGCCAAGCCGUAGAGGCGUCAUCUGUGUCCCACAUAUUACCUUAAAAUGUAGGCAGCUAACCAACUUGAAGGAGUCAGUUUUUCUUUUUCUCUUAGUAUCUGAUUUUACCGCGUGUAGGUCACGGCCUUUUUGGGAUUGCGUUGCGUUGCACAAAGAAAUGGUGUCGACUGCGUUAAACGCUUGAAGAUUGCGAUCAUUAUAUAAGUUAGCAAAUGCCGAUUCGUAACGUGUGAUCUUAGUAAAAAGGUAAAUGGAUAUGUUAAGGGGAGAAGUCUGAUGGAUACUGACACUGACUCUCUGUUUGUUUCAUGGAUAAUUUACAUAUUUUUCUAGAUCUUUUAUUCACAUUUAGGAAUAUCAGUAGCUGGCAAUCAAGAGGAUUGCCGCUGUCGCUGUUGUGUUUAAAUAAAAUUUAAUCUGUUAUUGAGGAAAAUUCAUUCGUCCAACGUGCUACGGAUUGUUUUUUUGUUAUGUUUCUGGGAUGGUUUGAUCAGCGGAAGGUCUAGCUAGCUUCUCCGAUAAAAUUAGAAAACAUUGUUUCGAAAAACAUAUGGUCUCAUCUGGGCAGAGUAAUACUCCAAUUAACUUCCUGUGGUAUAAUUUAGAGAAAUGUAUAUUCUACUGGAAGUUAUUUGAACACUGUUGGUAAGAAGGUACAUUUGGAUUAAUAUGCAAUUAUUCUCAAGUUCAUAAAAAUACGUUCUGACUA